AUGGCGCUGGCCACCACUAUGAACAACCUCUGGAAUCGCCACCACCGCCACCACCACCGCUACACCCACCAUAACCAGCGUCAGCACCGCCACCACCACCGCUACUCCCACCAUAACCAGCGUCACCACCGCCACCACCACCGCUACUCCCACCAUAACCAGCGUCAGCACCGCCACCACCACCGCUACUCCCACCAUAACCAGCGUCAGCACCGCCACCACCACCGCUACUCCCACCAUAACCAGCGUCACCACCGCCACCACCACCGCUACUCCCACCAUAACCAGCGUCACCACCGCCACCACCACCGCUACUCCCACCAUAACCAGCGUCACCACCGCCACCACCACCGCUACACCCACCAUAACCAGCGUCAGCACCGCCACCACCACCGCUACACCCACCAUAACCAGCGUCAGCACCGCCACCACCACCGCUACACCCACCAUAACCAGCGUCAGCACCGCCACCACCACCGCUACUCCCACCAUAACCAGCGUCAGCACCGCCACCACCACCGCUACACCCACCAUAACCAGCGUCAGCACCGCCACCACCACCGCUACACCCACCAUAACCAGCGUCAGCACCGCCACCACCACCGCUACACCCACCAUAACCAGCGUCAGCACCGCCACCACCACCGCUACACCCACCAUAACCAGCGUCACCACCGCCACCACCACCGCUACUCCCACCAUAACCAGCGUCAGCACCGCCACCACCACCGCUACUCCCACCAUAACCAGCGUCAGCACCGCCACCACCACCGCUACACCCACCAUAACCAGCGUCACCACCGCCACCACCACCGCUACACCCACCAUAACCAGCGUCACCACCGCCACCACCACCGCUACACCCACCAUAACCAGCGUCACCACCGCCACCACCACCGCUACUCCCACCAUAACCAGCGUCACCACCGCCACCACCACCGCUACUCCCACCAUAACCAGCGUCACCACCGCCACCACCACCGCUACUCCCACCAUAACCAGCGUCAGCACCGCCACCACCACCGCUACUCCCACCAUAACCAGCGUCAGCACCGCCACCACCACCGCUACUCCCACCAUAACCAGCGUCAACAUCAGCACCACCUUCGUACCUACUGA